AGCAGUCCCUGCUCGGGCGAGUCGAGGAAAUGGGUAAAGAAGUCACCAUCGACAUGCCAUCCAUUGAGCUCAGACGGGUGGGGCCAUUUGCCCUCAGACUCCUCCGUGCCUAGAUUGACGAUAAAGGCGUCGUUCCAGGUGGCCGAGUGCCCCGCCACGCGAUCCUCGCCGCCGAGCAGCUCGCAGAUGGCGGACCAUGCUUUGGGGGCGAAGGUCUGAACGGGCUCCGACCUGUGUUCGGGCAUGUUGAUUCGUUCAGUAGCCCAUGUCGACUUGUCUGUCGAAGAGUACCCGAGUCGCGUCCAGACGUCCGCGGUCCACUUGGCUGCCUUUUCUCGGGAGAAGCAUUCGGUUAGACGAACGUAGCCGUGCUGCAUAAAGUGGUCGAUCUGGUCCUGGGACAGAUUGUAGUGGCUAGGUGGAUUACCAGAGGCCAUGAUGUCAGUGAAGGAGAGAGCUGGAAAUGAUAGAAUGUCUUCUGCUUUGUCAAUGUAGCGAUUCUCCGUCGAGGACCAACGUUCAGAAGUACUAAUGAACGAUCGGGUUUGCGUGUCACGAUGCUGACAAAGCCUUACACCUUCCUCCAUCCAUGAUGAUCCAUGAUGGGCUGCCCUUGCCUCUUUGAUGAGAGUCAAAUGUUGACAAUAACCAUGUCGAGCUACGUUCCAAUGUGGUAACCGUUACUCAAUCGUGCUGCCAAGAGGUGGUUCCGGCUAAAUUGGAGGUUGGACCUUGAGUUUGAAUCGUCCCCGUCACGUCUCUCCGCAAUUGGCGGCGUCUUACGCCUAGCCGUCUCUGGCUCCCUCCGGCCCCGCCCCCGGCUCGUUUGCGCCUAAUCGAAUUCCUGCCCUCCUGAGAUUGGCUCAACCUCUUGGUCACCACUUUGCUGCAGUGCUCCCUUAGGCUAGUCAAGCCAAAUUGCCUUUUUGGUUAGCUCAUUUGGCCACGGAAUGAGCUCCUGCGUCGAAUGCAACUCGGGGACUUGCCAGCUGAAGGAUGGCAAGCUUUUGCUCUCAGACCUCAAUCGUACAGAACUUCAAACAUCCCAAAAGUUUGAUACGAGCCAGUUCAAACACUUGAACCUUUUUGACUGUCGUUUGACUUCUUCCUAAAAAGAAAACGGGCCCGGUCCAUUGACUAUUGACUGUGGUGGAGGAUGGCCUAGUGGGCCUCGGCCCGGCUGGCCGUGCUAAAAUGGAAUAUGGGGAAGUCGACGCUCGUGUUCAGAGGGUAUCCUAGAAGUUCUAUCCAAAGGGUCGACUAUCGAUGAAACCGAACAUCACACAUACUGAAACGCUCAAUAUGUGUUUUGUCAUAUAGCUAGAUCAUGUCGGGUCUUAUUCCUUCUCUCCCAACUGGUAACAACCGCUACUUCAAAUUCCUCGACGCCUCCGGAUGAAAUGGCCAGGUCGGCUUUCCUUGGCACUUGGCAGGGAGGAAUGCCGGGCUUGGUACUGUUCUUGCCCAAGCGAACCCCAUUCAUUGUUCUCAGAAAGUUCUCUUUCGGGCAAGGCUGGCUUCGCCGAGAAGCUAAAUUAGCCCAAUAAUGCACCAAUGGUAUGCUAUGCCUCAACAAUGGCCGUUGCACCCGAUAUCGAGUCAUGAGCGUGACCCCCUUGGCAACCUUUUGCCCCCCUCGUGAGAUGAAAUCCUUGUUUCAAUUUGCCUUUUGAGGAGAAGACCUAGUCUUCAUCGAGAAAAGCUGGGGUAAGGUUUCAAAACGCCAUGUGAGAUUAGCCGGUUAUCAUUACAGUCUAAGAUUUUAGGAUGGCGGCUUUCGAGGGCUUAAAGAUCUAGGGUAUCCCGCCAGAAGGGGGCUAUCUCCCCCUAGUUCUCAGAACAUUCUGGCGCCUUGUCUUGCUGUGUUGUUCAAGAUUUCCAACCCCGUCGGUAUCACAUCUCCUGCCGCUGAAUCUUCUUCAUAGGCAUCAUGCCUAUCGCAGUCGGACAGUCCGCCCUCAAGGGUGAGGUUGAGGUUGCCCAGGCCGAGAUCCCUCAGCUUGAGGAGGUCAAAUGGUGGCGCGAACCUGGUCUUCGAAGACUCUACUUCUGGGCUUCCGUUCUUUGCGUCGCAUCUGCGACUACUGGUUAUGAUGGAAUGAUGCUUAACACUUCCCAGAACCUGGAUUCAUGGCAGACUUUCUUCAAUACCCCUUCCGGCUCCAAGCUAGGAUUGAUGAACGCAAUUUACCAAAUUGGUAGUUUGGCCAGUUUCCCAUUCGUUCCCUUCAUGGCCGAUCGCUGGGGCCGUAAGCUCCCUAUUAUCAUCGGAUGUCUGCUGAUGAUUCUGGGUGGAUUCCUUGGCGCAUUCUGUAAGGACUACGGAAUGUACGUCGCCGGUCGGCUGUUCCUCGGUUUCGGCAACAGUCUGGCCCAGAUGGCUUCGCCGGUUCUUCUUACGGAGAUCUGCCAUCCCCAGCACCGUGGCAAGGUCACGACCAUCUAUAAUUGCCUCUGGAACCUCGGCGCACUGGUUGUCGCAUGGAUCGCAUGGGGCACGAUGUACAUUAACAACGAUUGGUCGUGGAGGAGCUUGACUCUCCUUCAGGUUUUCCCCGCUGUGAUUCAGAUUGCCCUUAUUUGGUGGGUCCCGGAAUCGCCCCGUUGGCUGAUUUCCAAGGAGCGGUAUGAUGAAGCUCUCCACACCUUGGCCUACUACCACGGUAACGGUGAUGAGCACAAUGCAACCGUUCAAUUCGAGUACCGCGAAAUCAAGGAGACCAUCAGCCUAGAGAUGACUUACCAGAAGAACAGCAGUUAUCUGGACUUCAUGAGGACCCGAGGCAAUCGCUAUCGUCUGGCUCUCUUGGUUUCCCUGGGAAUCAUCUCGCAGUAUAGUGGCAAUGCUUUGUUCAGCAACUAUACCAGCUUGAUCUAUAACAGCAUGGGUAUUACCGAGCAGAGCAAGAAGAUUCCACUGAACGGUGGUCAAACCCUAUUGAGUCUGGUGGUUAGUGUCAGCAGUGCAUUCUUCGUUGACCGAGUUGGACGACGACCUCUCUUCCUGAUUUCCACCGUGGGCAUGGUUCUCAUGUUCCUUGCAUGGACCGUCACUUCCUCUGUAUAUGAAAAGACCCAAGAUGUCAAGUCCGCCGGUUACCCCCAGGUCGUCUUCGUUUGGCUGUUCUCCGUCUUCUAUGCCAUCGCGUGGUCGGGACUGCUGGUCGCCUAUUCGCUCGAGAUUCUGCCCUAUCGACUGCGUGCCAAGGGUAUCAUGAUUAUGAACUUGACUGUCCAAGCCUCCUUGGUUCUUGGGAACUAUACCAACCCGAUCGCCUGGGAGAAUCUACCCCACCACUGGAAUCUGUCACUUAUCUACACGAUCUGGAUCUUUAUUGAGCUUCUUUUCGUGUAUUUCUUCUAUGUCGAAACCCGUGGACCAACUCUUGAAGAGCUGGCCAAAAUCUUUGACGGUGAUGAUGCAGCUGUGGCCCAUGUUGAUUUGCAUGAAGUUGAAAAAGAGAUCCAUGUUGGUGGAAAGGCCACUCAUCACGAGAAGGCUGUUUGA